UUGACCUGUUGAGUGGACUAAAGAUGGGGGAGCAAGGUGGUUGGCUGGAGGCUAACAGAGGAGACUGGGCGGCCAUCUUGGAUUACCAGACGGGUGCAGCCAAGGGCCCAGGGGACAACAUCACUGAGCAGGCCACAACCAGAGGUGACAUAGUGGAGUCUGCAGUCCAUGAGGACCUGCUGAUAUCCGGUGUAGCUGGCUGGAAAUACUGGACCUCUGAGGCGGCUGGUCACAAACCCUGGCCCCGGAUCAGAACCAUGGAUCAGGAGCCAUCGCUCUUCCUUCCAGAGUCGGAAGAAGGACCGAACCUCGAGGGACAGAGACUCCACCACACAGAACACAACCAGUGGACAGGUGGACUGAACAACCUCAGUCCUGGUGGUCAUCAGCGAGACAGAGGCUCCAGUCAGGGAUCCAGUCUGAAGUCCAGAACCUUCUCUUCACAGUCUCAGUGCAGGGAUGAAGCAGGGCCUGGGGCUGAUAGAGAUCGACCCUCCUGUUCCUAUGAUACAAACACCACAGUAUCCAUGAUGAACAGAGCAGGUCAACCUGGGCUUCAGCCUUCACAGAGAGAGGUGGGAGACUCCCCUGGUGGUAGUCUAACAGGACGUCUGUCUUCUCCUUCGGGAUCUCGUCUAAUGCCUAAUGAAUGGGUUCAGAGAAGGCCUGGGCCCGUACCUGGGUCUAGCGUUCCUCAGCUAUCUCAUGGUAACCCCACGAAUGCAGACAGGGUCAGGAUGGGUGUUCAACAUGAGAGGUACCAAGCCUAUAACACAGCAUACAAUCCCAACAACACCCAAACAAUGGCUAGAGGUCAAGGAGGGAGCACAAAGACUAACCACCUGAGGGUGGUGGCUCCUGCUUCUACCUCCUCAGGUGUCAGUGGGUCACAAUGUGGGAGGCCGAGUGUUAGGACGGACGCCGACAAGUUGUACUCCUGCUCCACGUGUGGGAAGCGUUUCGCUGAGGCGAACUAUGUGAAGGAGCACCAGACCGUUCACACCAAGGAGAGGCCCUUCAAGUGCAAACUAUGUUACAAGAGCUUCUCCUUCCGGAGUAGCCUCAUCAGACAUAGGAGUGUCCACAAUGGAGAGAAAUCGUAGCAGUGUGGCUUGAGAUGUACACGGGAUAUCUGGGAACCAUUCUUUAGCUGACAUUAUAGUUGUGAAGUGUCCUGGAGUAAGAGCAGUGGUGUUCAGGAGGGUAUACGCAGGUAGCCAUAUACCCACUUAUUUGUCAUUGGGCAAUGAGUAUACUCACUUCUUAGUCCCCACGAUGCGUAUCAAAGUAGUGUAGUGGAGGUGUACGCCGUAUCAAUUAAUAAGGCUGAUGGAACAGAUCGGAAUGUUCAGCUUAAAAUGUUGAUAAACUAUUAUUUCUUCACAUUUUGAUGCACCACGUCACCACUGGGUAAGAGGACAAUUAACCACGUACCCCUCAUUUUGUUAAUUUGUCAUUUGAAACAGGCUUGUGUAAAUACCUGUUUUGAGAGAGAGUGUAAACCUAGGCUAGAACAAGGACAGUUGAAUAUUUUCAUUUCUGAGGUGAUGUAGAUGGAAUGAAUUCAUUAGUUUGUAUUCUAUUCUUGCUAACACACUGUUAUUUCUAAACAAGUCUGCUCUCAGCUUGAUUGAUACUGAUCACAGGAGAUUUGGGGCUCUAUUUUCGGCUGGCGUUAUGGCAGGGCAAGCACACGUUAGUUUGCAAUUUCAGCAUGUAAAAACGGGCGUUUUCGACCCCAUGCGCCAUGUUCUGCAAUUUACCUGUCUAAUAUCAGCUCACUAGCUCUGAGGUGGGGGGUGGCAAUAUUAAAGGUGUCCUUGAAAACAUGCGCAAACGUGUCAAUUUCAUGCAGCGCAUAUCGAGACAUUUAAGACCAGUGAAAAGCAGGUCUUUGUUGUAACUCGCUUGGUAAUGGCAUGGAUUUUGUGAGCGGAAGUGCAACCUAUCCAGCCGUGACGCAGAGUGCCCUAAUGCUCAUGGAACAAGAGAAGAGAUGUGCUUUUUGUGCCGGUAACCCUUGUAUUAAUAAACUUUUAAAACACUUAUUUUUUUUCCAUUUGGUUUAAUUCGAUUAAAAACCAAGCCUAUGGCCUCCCUUCCCUUAAAUUAAGGCAUUUUUUUUUGGUCCUGCGAAGUGCGUUCGCCAAGUAUCCAAGCCUAUCAAUAAAGGGUUUGGCUCGUGAGACUGCUUCGAAAUACAGUGCCCUCCGUAAUUAUUGAGACAGUGACACAUUUUUGUUGUCGUUUGGCUCUGUACUCCAGCA